ACAUUUGAAAUAAAUUGAUAAGUUGAGAAUAUGGCAUUGACUAGUUCCAAGUUUCUAGAAGCUCAAAGUUUUGGGAAGAAAAUCCUAAAAUAUUUGAACAAUACUGGAUCGCCUUUUCACUCUGUUAAGCAGAUCAUCAAGUACAUGUCCGAUCAUAAUGUACCAAUUACACAUCUAAAAGAGAGUUCUCCUUGGAAUCUGGAAAAAGGUAGAUGUUAUUGUCUAGCUAAUGACAGUGGUACAAUGAUGGCGUUCAAAAUUGGUAAAAACUUUAAUCCAAGCAAGGGUGGACUUAUACUUGUCGCUUCUCAUACGGAUUCUCCCUGUCUAAAACUGGAUUUUAAAUCUCAUACAAGCUCUAAGGGAUUCGAUCAGGUUAACGUAUGCACAUAUGGUGGAGGAUUAUGGCAUACAUGGCUUGAUAGGGAACUUGGCGUAGCAGGGAAGGUUGUCGUUCGCAGCAACAACCGUCUUGAGGAAAGGUUGAUUCACGUGCGCAAUCCACUGAUAAUAGUCCCGAAUUUGGCAAUACAUUUACAAAGUUCUCAGGAACGUGAAGCACUAAAGUUGAAUAAGCAAAAUCACUUGAGGGGAAUUAUUAGCACUGAAUGCGUACAUAAACUGAAUGCUGAUGAAACGGAGCCUUUAUUAAAAUUCUUAGCCGGAAAACUUAACUGCACUGUUGAAGAUAUUGUGGACAUUGAUUUGUGCUUAAUGGAAUCCACCGCCGCGACACUUUCCGGUGUUUAUGAGGAAUUUAUAACAAGUGGGCGCUUAGAUAAUUUGGCCUCUUGCUUUGCAUCAGUUGCCGGAUUUUCCGAUUUUAUUCUGCAUCCAGAAGGUAAUGAUGAUUCUAUUGUUGGUAUAGUAGCAUAUAACUAUGAGGAAAUCGGUUCCACGUUGGAAUAUGGAGCUAACUCUGAAGUUACUUCAAAUUGGUUGAACAAAAUAUUUUCGACACUUGGCUCCAAGUUACAGGAAACUAGCUCGAGGUCACUCUUGAUUAGUGCUGAUAUGGCACAUGGAGUUCAUCCAAACUAUCCUGAAAAGCAUAUUGAUACUCAUAUGCCCUACUUUCACAAGGGUGUUGUUAUAAAAAGAAACGUAAACGGUAGAUAUGCUACUGAUAUCAAAUCCUCAUCAAUUAUCAAAGCAGUUGCAGAAAAGGUGGAUGUUCCUCUACAAGACUUCAGAACCGGAAAUGAUACUCCAUGCGGUUCCACAAUUGGACCAUACCUAUCGAGCAGAUUGUGUAUUCCUGUGGUAGACGUGGGAAUUCCGCAACUUGCCAUGCAUUCUAUUCGCGAAACCUGCAGUCUUGUUGAUGUUUUCGAUUUUUACUCCCUCUCAAAGGCACUCUUUUCAUCAUCAAAUAUCAUAGAUUCUUAUAAUGGAUAUAAUUAA